AAGCCCACUUUUUUACUAGUCCACAUAACAAACAUUCGUUCGGUGACCGAACCUACCAGAACCACACCUGUACAAAAACUUCACUGUAAGAUUACCACAGUGGUCCAGCAAUCCAACCCAUCCAUCAACAAAAUCAUAAAACCCUCUUUCUAAUCUACGGUGUAUCCUUCAAAUCACCACUGUACACAAACAAAUCACUACCCACAUAAACACACCCCCAUAAUUCUCUCCGCUUUUUCCCACACCUGUCCACUUUUUUUCUUUCACACAAACCAACUCACACUCUCACUCACUUUAUUAUUAUCUUUCUUUCCCAAAACACAUUUUCUGUUUUGUUGUUUAUGUGAGUGAGUGUUCGAUCGAAACCACACAAAACAAAUUAAGAAACACACAAACACAAAAUCAAAUAUGGGAGGAUCUGGAUCUGGUGCCGGUAGUUUCUUUAUGGUUCUUCUCAGAAAUUUUGAUGUUCUUGCUGGGCCUGUGAUUAGUCUUGUUUAUCCUUUAUAUGCUUCGGUUAGGGCAAUUGAGAGCAAGUCUCCUCUGGAUGAUCAACAAUGGCUAACUUAUUGGGUUCUGUAUUCCUUGAUCACUCUUUUUGAACUCACUUUUGCCAAAAUUCUUGAAUGGAUUCCAAUAUGGCCAUAUGCAAAGCUGAUUCUAACCUGCUGGUUGGUCCUUCCUUAUUUUACUGGCGCUGCUUAUGUUUAUGAGCAUUAUGUAAGACCCUUCUUGGCCAAUCCUCAGACCAUUAACAUCUGGUAUGUUCCAAGGAAAAAGGACGUCUUCUCUAAGCCAGAUGACAUCAUAACUGCUGCAGAGAAGUACAUCCAAGAAAAUGGAACAGAAGCAUUUGAGAAUCUGAUUCAUAGGGCUGAUAAAUCAAAAUGGGGCGGUAGUCAUCAUACAAUGUAUGAUGAGACUUAUUGAAUGCAAUCUUGUAGCUUCUGCCUCUUGUGGAUAAGGGGGUGCGUGUACAUGUUAACGUGUUACUGAUUUUGUUUCUGUUUUCCGAGGAGAUAUUUAAGGUUUUUGUUGUCGUGUAACUAUCAUAGGAUUAGUCAUCUAUGUUAUGUUUAAUGGUUGUGACGUGUAUGGUAUAUAAGAUAAUGUUGGUCCAACGGUGGAAACUUGUUGAUUUUCUCUUGUUUUAUGGUAACAAAGCCAUCAUUAUUAGA